AUGGGACGCAAUAGGAAGGGACGCCAAUGCGGUGGCUACGGCUCCAAGAUGGAGCGGUUCGUGUUGUUCAAGCGAUGGCAGCAGGAGGUGGUUAAAGUCUCGCGUAGAAAUGCGCAGAGCAGACAAGCGCAGAACAAGCUCACGGACCGGCGGAGACGUGCCGAGACUAACGAUGCCAUGCGUCGUAGAGUGCGGGUUGACGUACUGAAAUCCUGGACUAACGCGCGUCUAAAGGACGACCAUAUUGAGAAGACCAAGCGCAAAGGAGCGCUGUCGAUCGCGUCCGAGCUCCAGAAAACGUCAAGGGUGGACGAGUUCUCGUCGCUACAGGAGCGAUGCAUCUACGAGAUCGCGCGGUCGUUUGACCUAUACAGCUCUUCGUGCAAGUUCACACAGGCAUUUUUCGCCUCUUUCGAGCCUUGGAUGGUGUCCAGACUAGCAGAACUUACGACAGCUUGCAAGACGAUGAGUGAUAGAAAUGUGCGACUCUUGUUACUUCAGCCGACCGAACAUCUUACGGUCGGUUUCGUCCGAGACGAGAAGUCCUUAGCACCGUUGUUCGAUGUUGUGGACGAAGACCACCGCAUGGCGUGGAAAUUUGUGUCCGGUCAUCCGGCAGAAUGCGAGGUAGAGUCGUGGGAAGAUUUGGAUGUGGAAGACGUGGACAUUGUGCAAACUCAAGAUGAAGUACGAUUGCUCUCGCUGAGUCUCGUGUCGUGUCUCGGACUGUCCAGUAGCUUUCUCACGCAGUUGACGACGGCUCAUCCACACCUCGAACACCUCAAGAUCGUCGACUGUUUCGACGCUGCAGCAGGUGAACAAGGUGCUGCAUUGUUGCAAGAGCUCGCCAAGUCGCGUGCUCUAAAGACAUUGCAUUUUUCCUGGUGUUGCUGGCUUACGACGGAGAUUCUUGUCACAUUCGCUUAUCAGCUUCUUGAACCUCCUGUAUCUUCCCUUCAAGAGCUUUAUGUAUCCGAUUGUUUCGACGUACUCGGAGACUACGUACAGUCUGUAUUUAACGAGCUUCUACCUGCUCUAAAUGUAUCCAUCUGA